UCAGCUCAACCUGCCGCGUCACACUCCAGUUUGGGUUAGGGUUAGUACGUAGGUAGGCUACGUGCAGAGGAACACGAGAGGACAAAUUCAGUCUCUUUUUGCAAUGGGACUAAACUGCAUUCCGGUUUCAGCGCAAAAGCAAUCUAGACGGAGCUACAAUGAUUUCAAAGGGUAGCUUCUGAUGGGGCAGCGUGGAGUAGGGUAGUUCAUCAGGUAACUCAAACUGAACUCCAGAAAAUCAACUGGCACGUCCGCUAAUGCGCUCUUGCGCUGAGCGGAUAAGGAGAGAUGUCCUCCUCUCAAGGAAUACUGAAUAGCGUCUUCUCGUGCUCUUCUCCGGCAUCAAAAGCGGUCUCUAAAAGGAAGCUACGGCAAACUCGUAGCUUGGAUCCUGCCAUCAUAAGACACUGUGGCAGCGAGACUGAUGUUGGACCUGGGGAAAGAUUGAAGGCACCUGGGCUAGGCGUGGGGGAAACAGGUGUCUUUGCGUCCUCGCAGUUGCAUGGGUCCCCGGAACACCUGGCUGCGUUCAAGCAUGACAUGCGGUCCAAAACUCUGAGAUUGAAACAACCGCGAUCCUCCCUCUCGCCCCCAUCCACACCACAGGACAUAUCCCCGUCUUCGAACUUUCACUUCGAAUAUGAUGUGAGGGGCGCAAAAAGGAAUACCGCAUGGGAUUUACCAUUUCUUGUCCGGAGCCCCAGUAACACUGCCCUUGGGAGCACCAACACUUUGUUCUCACCUCGGAGGUGGCUCCAAAAGAAGCUGCAACAAUCAAGCUCAAGCGCCUAUAUUGUGUGGAAAUCGGAGGGUGACUUCACCUGGAACAGCCUGUCAGGGCGGAGUGUGCAUCUCACACCUGUGGCCAUCCAGAGCCUAUCAGAGCUGGAGAGGGUGCGGCUACAGGAAGUGGCGUUCAACCGCCUCCAUCAGGACUACGACCUGGGCUGCCAGAUCACCGUCCCUAAAGAUGGACAGAAGCGAAAAAAAUCCUUGAGGAGGAAACUUGACUCUCUUGCAAAAGAGAAGAACAAAGACAAAGAGUGUGUGACCCAUGCCUUCGGCAUGCCCCUGUCCCAGGUGAUCGACGACCGCACCCACAGGCAGCGGCAGGACCACCUGCGGCAGGACGCGCCCCCCCACGAGCAGAAGGACAGCACUGACCUGGUGUCCUCCAUCCUGCAGUUCGCCACCAAGCGGCCCGCCAAGGAGCUCUCCAGCAGCAACUCCUCCCUGAGCUCCACCUCGGAGAACGCCAACGAGUCCACGUCGCCCAACACGCCCGAGGCGGCCCCGCGGGCACGCAGGAGGGGCGGCAUGUCCGUCGACUCCAUCACAGACCUGGACGAUAACCAGUCUCGCCUGUUGGAGGCGCUGCAGCUGUCUCUGCCCGCCGAGACGCCCAGCAAGAAGGAGAAGCACCGGGACAAGAGGCUGAGCCUCAACCCCAUCUACAGACAGGUUCCCCGGGUGGUGGACAGCUGCUGCCGACAUCUCGAGAAAUAUGGUAAACAGUCUGCAGACGGUGGGAUAUUCCGAGUGGGCAGCUCCAAGAAGAGAGUGAGACAGCUGAGGGAAGAGUUUGACCGGGGCGUUGACGUCCAGCUGGACGAGGAGCACAGCGUGCACGACGUGGCCGCCCUGCUGAAGGAGUUCCUGCGCGACAUGCCCGACCCCCUCCUCACCAAGGAGCUCUACACCGCCUUCAUCAACACCAUGCUGUUGGAGCCCGAGGAACAGCCGAGUGCCACUCAGCUGCUGGUCUAUUUGCUUCCAGCAUGCAACUGUGACACGCUGCACCGCCUCAUCGAGUUCCUCUCCACCGUGGCUGCCCAUGCCCACGACGCGCACCUCAAAGAUGGACAGGAGCUGACAGGGAACAAGAUGACCUCUUUGAACCUGGCCACCAUCUUUGGGCCCAACCUCCUCCACAAGCAGAAAAACUCUGACAAGGAGUUCAGCGUCCAGAGCUCCGCCCGGGCCGAGGAGAGCACAGCGGUGAUCGCCGUCCUCCAGAGACUGAUAGCCAGCUACCAGACUCUGUUCAUGGUUCCUCCUGAUCUGCAGAAUGAGGUUCUGAUGAGUCUGCUGGAGACUGAUCCUGACGUGGUAGACUACCUUCUCCGCAGGAAAGCAUCACAGAGUCCAGACCUCCUGCGGUCCGAGGAUCCCUUCUCUCUCAGCGAGCGCCGCUCUUCGAGUGAUUCUAACAAAGCCUCCAGCGGAGAGGUCUCACCCUAUGACAACAACUCCCCCGUCCUGUGUGAGCGCCGUGGGGAGGGCUGCAGCAGCCCGGGGUCUGAGCGCCUCUUCCGUGUCCCUGAGCAGUACACCCUGGUGGGCCAGGUGGCAGGGAGGGCCCGGGAGCCCACCUCCAGCCCGUGGGCCUCCAAAGACACGAUAACAGAGGAACAUGUUAAUAUCUGGGGAGCCUGGCAUUCCACUCUGAAGCCAGGACUUAAGGAUCAAACAUACACAGGUUCCCAUGGCAACAUGUCAGAGGGUAGCUCCCGCAGCUCGCAGGAAGGACUGGACGGUCUCCAAGGUGACGCCAGGCAGCUGGUACGACGGACCCAGACCUCGCUGGGCGUGGCCGAGUGCCGGCCCCACCCCCUUGUGACCCGCGUGUGCAGCAGCCCUCAGGGCUUGGCAGGGCGGCGACGCCUCCACCUCAGCCUCAACCCAAUGACGGCUCACCUGAACGACCAAUCAGCAGGGAGCAGCACAGAGGACCUCCCACAGGGCAGUGGAACCCGGCUCAGUUCCGCCCCGAUGGCCAACCCGAAGAAUGAUGGGCGCUCCCCGCCUCCCUAUAACCAGUCCCCCAGGCUCCCUCCCGCAACCUCCCAGCUCCCCCAGGCGCCGGUUCUUUCCCCCCUCCGGCUCCCCCAGGCUGGGAGGCCGACGCUGCAGAACUCGGCCUCCGCUUCCCCCUCCGCUGCAGACACCAUGGUGCCCAUGAGCCCAGAGUGGCAAGACUGGCAGAGGGACCGGUGGCAGAUCUGGCAGCUCCUGUCCUCGGAGAACGCAGACACGCUCCCCGAAACGCUGGUGUGACCCCCUCCGAGCGCCCCUUCCCCCGCCUCCUUCCUCCCUCACCCCAUCCGUCCUGCCCCCUGUCCUUCUCUAAAACAUGGCGCCAUGGCGUUGUUUACAUGUGCAGCUGCUGCCUUUCUUUGUAUACACACUUGUGUCUUGUAUACACAGCCACUACUGUUCCCCCUAGUAUGCUAUAUGAUUGAUCCAUUAUUGGUGUGUCCUGUUGUGUCAUGUCUGUAUGCUUAUCAUCUAUUGAUCAGUCUUUUCACAAUUUUCUUCAAGGUGUUUUAGAAGGUAUCAAAAUUAACUGUCCACAAGACUUACCUCAAACCUAGUGGUGAUAAACUCUAUACCGAUUCUUUUUUUUUACAUUUUGGAAAGGAAGGCCAAUGUCUGGCAACCAUCAUUAAGUUUAUACAAAUAGGAACUUAUAAACAAUUAGGAAGAUAUACGUGGGUUAUCCAACCAAAGCUGGUGAAGUUUCUCUUUCAUUUUGUAAAUCAAUCAAUUUACAAUAUGAUGUGUUCUCUAUGUACAAAUCUGGCCAAGACAUUGCCUCUAAUACGUGUUAGUAUUUGCUGUUGAUAUACAAAUAUGUCUAUUUACUGCAAGCAUAGCUAAGAAACAAGGUCUGUACAUAUUAGCUUAAAUAGAGCAUAUAUUCAACAUGAAUUUCUGUGAUGCAACAGUUAGCCCAGAGUACACAUUGGCAAACAGUUUGUAUAUAUUAUAUCAAAAACAUCAUGUCAAAUAUACUCAUAUGAACCUACCUAAGAGUAACUCUUUCACAGACAGUAAAGGUAACUUGUGUGUCUCAACCUUUGAUUUGGUCUCUGUUGAAUGUAAAAAGCUUAGUGUAUGUAGAAGCUUUAACUGUGAUUAGCACUAAGAAGCAGGAACUGUGCCAAAGUCAUCAACGUAACAUGGAGUUGUUAUCUCCUAUGUUCGUUGCUGUCCACUUGACUUGAAGUCUUUGAGUUCUCUGAUGCAUCGAGACCUGAAAACCCAGCUCUCCCACAUUCUCUCUUGGUAAGGAUUAAAGUCAACGUUUGAAGUCAGUUUUCUUCAGUAUUCCGGAUAGCUCUGGCCUUUUAACAGUGGUGGCUAUGUCAUAGCUGCAUGAUCAGUGGGGGACACGGUUAAGCUUUUGUCGGCUUUGUUAUUUUAGAUGGAUCUGUCAGAUGAUGUCAAUGUUAGGACUGCAUGGGAAUAUUUUUCAAAGCAGAUCAAAACAAAUGUUGUACUGAAAAUCUAUUACAAUAUAGUUAAAACCUUUUCUGCCACGUGGAUAUCCUGUGGUUACUAACACACUUUAAUUACAGAGUAAAGUGGAUAUUUGCUGGCAAAUAUUGCACCUCGGUGGUUCAUGUUUUUCCUCAAAUGGUUUAGAUAUUCACUCGACUGAGACCAGACCAAUGUCCCUCAGCAUUAUAGUUGAUAUUUGAGACAUUUUGGUUGAUCGCACACAGCACAGUAGUCACACACAUUUCUACAUGUAAUUGUUCCUAUGGUGACAGAGCUUGCUGAGUACGCAAUCCAAGCUCAUCAUUUUAUGAAAGAAAAAAAAUAUAUAAGCAGUUUUUAUUUUUAAGCACCUUUCAGUACCCCAAAGUGGAGUCUAAUGUGCCAUAGAUCCUGUUUUUUGGUAAAUGAUUUGGUACCACAUAGUUUGCCGAUUAUUUUGUAUCUUGUGAUCUUUUUUUUAUUGUCUGUUACUCAGUAUUGUAAUAUAGGCAUAACGGUUUUUACUCCAAAAGUCUGAAAAGAUGUGUUUUGAUCAAAUGUCUGCUUUUGUAAUGAAUGCCAUCUUGGAUGUGUCAUGUUUGUAUUAAACAUGAGAGUAAAAAGUGUUUCGUUC